AUGGCCUCCGAACUGGACGCCCCCAGUGCCGAACUCAUUAUUCAGAUCUUACAGAGUGAUUUGGGUGAACUGCAGGAUGCUCUGGGACAGAAUGGAAUACCGAGAGAUCCCCAGACCGACCGCGACCUUGCGCUUAGAGAUUGGGAAGCGCAGCUGGGGCAGUUCAUUGCAGCGUUCACCGAUCAACAAAUGGCCCAGAGUAUAUCCAAUGCGGUCCAGGACGAUGGUGUGGCAGUGACUAUUGCAGUCGAAGAGGAAAGAAGAGCCCUUGCAGACCGAGUAACCGCCCUCAGAGUCGGGGGUCACGAUGUCCCGCAUCCGGAGCAACUGGUGAUGCGCAACAAUGCUGCUAUGGCUGGCCUCUUGGGAAACCCACCUACUCUAGUCGAUGCACAAGGCUCGUUUCUGGACGCACGUACCCUUUCUACAAACCAUGAGCCAAACGAGGCCCUCGAGAACCACGAGAGGCUUCCAUGCGCGUCCUGCAUGACAGUGUACGUUUCAUCGGAGCUCAUGAAGGCACCCUGUGGACACAUCUACUGUCGAGUUUGUGCAACUCAGUUGAUCCAAGCUUCCUUUGUGGACGACUCACUCUUCCCGCCUCGUUGCUGUCGCCUUGUAUUCCCAGUGUCGGCUGUGCGGCAGUUCGUUGGGCUUGAUAUCGCUAACCGCUAUGACGAGAAGUCCAUUGAGCGAAGUGAUCCCUACCGGACCUAUUGUUCCAAUCCGCAAUGUGCGCAGUAUAUCUUCCCGGCUCAGGUGAAUCUCUACAUCGGAACUUGCAAUGCCUGCGCGCAAAAGACUUGUACCCUGUGCAAGCGGGCCGAGCACCCUCAAGGUCCAUGCGCCGAGGAAGAUACAGAAGUCCUAGACCUAGCGGAACGUGAAGGAUGGAGACGCUGCCCUGGAUGCCGGAAUCUUGUUGAACUCAAAGAUGGCUGCAACCACAUAACGUAA